GGGGCGGAGGCGUGAGUUGGAGCCGCUCGUAAAGCGCAGCGCACUGCAGCGCGGUUACGGUGCCCUCCGUGUCUGCGGAGGUAUCCUAUCGCACCUUUCUCUUCUCCCCCUGCAUGCCAUUUACUCUGCAUUGUAUCUGCUGACCGGGUAAAGGUGCUCUUUCUCCCUUCUGAGGACGCCAUUCAUCGUUUGAAGGCAACAGAACAUCGGCGGGACCAUGCUGACGCUGCUGACGUCCAUGUAUCUUGUGGUGCGGGCUGUUUCCCAGCAGGCUGAACCGAUCCGUGUUGUGGUGACUGGUGCUGCAGGCCAGAUCGCCUACUCCCUGCUGUACGGCAUCGCGAAGGGAGACGUGUUUGGGAAGGACCAGCCUCUCAUCCUGGUCCUGCUGGACAUCCCCCCCAUGUACCCCGUUAUGGAGGGCGUGGUCAUGGAGCUGCAGGACUGUGCUCUGCCACUGCUCAGGGAGGUCAUCGCCACUGACAAGGUGGAGGAGGCCUUCAAGGACAUCGAUGUUGCCAUCUUGGUGGGCUCCAUGCCCAGGAAGGAGGGGAUGGAGAGAAAGGACCUCCUUAAAGCAAACGUGGCAAUCUUCAAAUCCCAGGGAUCCGCUUUGGACAAGUUUGCCAAGAAGACCGUAAAGGUCUUGGUGGUUGGAAACCCGGCAAACACUAAUUGCCUGAUUGCCUCCAAGUCGGCUCCAUCUAUCCCCAAAGAAAACUUCUCCUGCCUGACCCGCCUGGACCACAACAGAGCGAGCUCCCAGGUGGCUAUGCGUUGCGGAGUGUCCUCCAACAGCGUGAAGAACGUCAUCAUCUGGGGGAACCACUCCUCCACUCAGUACCCUGAUGUCCAUCAUGCCAAGGUCAACGUCGGCGGCGCCGAGAAGGCUGCGUACGACGCCGUGAAGAAUGACGCCUGGCUCAGAGGAGACUUCAUCUCCACGGUGCAGCAGAGAGGCGCCGCCGUCAUCAAGGCCAGGAAGCUGUCCAGCGCCAUGUCAGCUGCCAAAGCCAUCUGUGACCACAUGCAUGACAUCUGGUUUGGCACCAAGGAGGGCGAGUUCAUCUCCAUGGGUGUGUAUGCUGGAGGAAACUCCUACGGCAUCCCAGAAGACCUCAUUUACUCCUUCCCUGUCCAGAUCAAGAACAAGACCUGGAAAGUAGUAGAUGGACUCCCCAUCAACGACUUCUCCCGAGCCAAGAUGGAUGCCACAGCAGCUGAGCUGGUGGAGGAGCGAGACACGGCGCUGAACUUCCUGUCCCAGUGACUAUCCCCCUCUGCUGACCAACAGCAGCUCUUAGAUGCACCGAAGGCUGGCUGUUCUCGGCUCUGAAGAUGCCCUCCACUGUUAUGCCACCUGAGCUGGAGUCUGUGUGUCACCUCUGAGUGGAUGUGUGUGCGUUUAACUUGGCCCCUUUUUUUUCAGGUUUCCAGAAAACCUGUUCUAACCUCCACAACCUGGCCUCCUCUGUGUGCAAAACACCAAGAGAAUGUCUCUGUUAGUAGAUGAAAACACGCACAUUAGCUGUGCAGAAACUGUAACAAACCAUCUUCUCUUCAAUAAAACUAAGAAAUAAACUAA